CUAUUAGACUUUUUAUUCUACAAUCCAACCAGUUAGACUUCUUAGCAAAAUUGGGAAAAUGCGCACCUUAAAGGCAAAAAAUUGAUUGCUGUUCGUCAGCUUAAUUGCAAAGCUAACAAAGUGGAAAAACAAUAAUGUUAGGGAAAAGUUAACGCAAACUUUCCAUAAUAUUCUUGCAUUGAUGGGAUCAUCUUUACCAGGAUUUAAUGAAAAUCUAAAUUUCAUCAGAUUUGGUCAACAACCUUUGGUGAAAGUUGAUUGAAAACUGUAUAGAUAAUGUAUCCUUCAAUCCUUUUAAUCAUGACCACGGGGCCGUUAUGAUUUGUUUUUCAUGUCUUUGUUGUUUAAUUGGGCUCAAAGAGUAGAGAAGUUGCUUUACUCUUUGAUUUGGCUUGUUUUUGAUAUUUUUGCUGAAAAAAACACUUUUUUGAAAGCGACUAAAGGUGAUGAAAAGUUGUCAAUGAAAUCGAUUCAGAACUAAAAUUAAAACUUGAUUCAAAUACAUUUUACCUUUACUUGACAAAAGGAUAAAAAACUCAACAACAGUGUGUUAAUAAACCACCGGAUAUGUCCAAUCAGGACAUGAUAAAUAAACAUUAAAAGCAAAUAAAAUUGUAUUUAAUCCAAUUGUAAUCUGGUUUGGAGUAAAGAUCAUUGAUUCGGUUGUAACCCAUAAUUUACUGAAUUCAUUCACUUUUUUACUUCAAUCAUUGAUGAUGUUUGUUUUACUGUCUUUUAUGAGUAUAUGAUCGCAACGGUAUUUGUACAAGGUCCAAAUUUCACUCCAAUUUACUAACUCUAAUAGGCUUGACAAGAUCAGAUUGUCAUUGAUUGAAAACAUCAUUUUGCAGCUAAAGUCAAUCCAUUUUCAGAAAACUUGUGAAAAUUUCAUCUCUUGUAUUUGAAAUCGCAAAGAUGUUUUACCGAACUUUAAGUGUUCUUUUGAUUUUUAUUACUUUAUUCAAAAAUAUUUCAACCGAUUGUCCCGUAAUCAAUAUUCCCGCAGGAGCUAUUGUUAUUUCUGGAUGUUCAACAUUGACAAACUCAGUUUGUUCAAUUCAGUGUACUUCAACGGGUGUAAUUCAGUCGCAGAUUUGCCAAGCCAAUGGAUUAUGGUCAGGAACGCCAUUCAAUUGUUUUGGAACUGGAUUUGGAACUGGAUUUGGACAAGGCUUCGGUAAUUUUGGGCAAGGUUUUAUCGGACAAGCAACUUGCACAAAUCUAGCAAUUCCAGUCAAUGGUUUGUAUUCUGGAAAUUGUUCACCAGGAAUUGUUGGUGGUACCUGCGUUUUCCAGUGCAGACCCGGUUUUGUGCUUAGAGGCACUUCCUUGUUAUCUUGUCUCAGUACAGGUAGUUGGUCAGCAGCAGCUCCAACUUGUACACCACAAACUCAGACUCGUUGGUAUGUACUUAUUAGACGUUGGUUCGGUUGAUGUACUCAAAUAAUCUCAUCAAAAUAAUCAUCCAAUUCUAUUUAAUUUAAUCUAUUCUAUCCAAUUUCAUUUAUUUGGUUUAAUUACAACAAGAUCAGAAAUCUUAGUCUCGACUUUUGGGGAAUCAGAAUCCAAAUUACCUCAAAACCUAUUUUUUGAAAAUAAAAUUCACCAAAAUUUUAUUCUGCAUUAUUUUUGUGUAUUUAUGGCACUUCUUUCAAUAAAUAACUGUUUGUGAUUAAACGUGGUUUA